AGAUACCUGUGACAUCAAGAUCAAGAUCAUCUUGCAUCAAACAACAAACGCUCGUGGCCCUGCGCAAGCCACAUGCUGCCCUCAGGUUACUGCUGACCUGCUGACUCCUGCGUCCUGAACAGCAUGCAUUGCAGGGUUCAGGAGGCUGUAUAGAGGCGCCACUGUCUCCCAACAACACUAAGGAGGGAACGCAGCAGCGAGUUCCGUUGUGGUGACUCUUUCGCGUCUGCUGGGACACCUGCCCUGGCCACAGCAACAUGGGGAAGGGAUUCAAUAACUACAUGUGUAAGAAGUUCUUUCACCCAGCUUCAAGGGACAAUCUCAAGCGGGUAUGGAUAGCUGAGCAGAAAGCAGAUGCAGAGCGCAAGAAGCAGGAGGAGCUACGUGUUCAGUAUGAGAAGGAACAGGAGCUGUAUAAUAACAAGGCACUACUUGCUAAGGGCGAGAACAAGGAGAAGUUGUCACUGAAUUUCAUGUAUGAGGCUCCUGCAGGGGUCAAAAAAGAACGUGAGAAGGAAGAGGGUGAGCCAGAGUACAAGUUUGAAUGGCAGCGCAAGUUCAACGCUCCAAGAGAAAGUUACUGCAAAGAUGACGACACCAUUCGUGACCAGCCAUUUGGCAUUGCUGUGAGAAAUGUGCGGUGCAUCAAGUGCAAGGCUUGGGGCCACAUCAACACUGACAAAGAGUGUCCUCUAUAUGGCCGGGUCCUUGAACCAGCUGAGGGCUCAGGUGGACUAAGUCACAAAGAGCUAGCAGCAGGUAUGAGAGAUGAUGGUCUACGGCUGAAGAACAUUCCAACAGUUUCGUAUGGGAUCUAUGGACUCUCACAGAAUCCCUAUGCAAAGAAUCAGCGCCUAGUCUCAAGCGAUGAGGAGAGUGUGGAUGAAUACACAUUACUGCAUUCUCUAACUACCAAGGAGAAAAAGAAGCUUCUGAGGAAAUUAGAGAUGAUGGACAAGAAAAACAAAAAGAAAAGCAAAAAGAGUAGACGGUCAUCCUCUGCUGCUUCCUCCUCCUCCCCAUCCUCCUCCGAAAGUGAAGAUGAGAAAAAAAGCAAAAAAAAGAAAAAAAAGAGUAAGAAGCUGAAGAAAAAGAAGAGAAUUAAGGCAGAAAGCAGCUCUGAAGACUCUGAUGAUAAAAGACACAGCAAAAAAAGCAAAAAUAAAGCAAGCAAGAAAAAGGAGACCAAAAAGCAAACUGAAGAGAAACCAGAUGCACAGGCUCUUCUCAGGGAGAUAACAAAAGGACUGAAAGUAGACUUCAUUGGGAGGGACAACCCCUUUGCCACCACAGCUGAGAACCAUAUGACUGCUGUCAGUAACCCAUGGAAGCCAUCAGAUGAGGAGGCAGCUUUCCAAAGACAAAAAGAAGAACACAACAAGAGGAGGAGGAAUCCAAGCCCAGAGAGAAGUGAGGGAAGAGAAAAUGGGUCCAUGGAAUACCCUGCCAAAAGAGGAAGAGCCUGGGAUUUUUGGGAAGCAAAAGAUGAGAAAGGAAAUGAGCGGUGGGUUGGUAGAGAAAAGGAAAUGGCAAGAGAUUCAAAUCCCAGGAAAGAGACUGAGAAAAUCAGUAAUACCAAGAGUAGUGAUGGAAUAAUGAAGCAAAAGAAAAGCAGAGAGAGGUCAGAAACCAGACAUGAAAAUGACAGACACCAGGAGAGAAGGAGGUCAAAGAGUAGAGAAAGAAGGUCAAGAAGCAGAGAAAGGAGUUCAAAAAGUGGAACUACAUUAUCAAGAAGUAGAGGUGAAAGGCAAAAGAAUAGAGACAGGUCAAGAAGCAGGGACAAAAGGUCAAUGAGCAGAGAUGAACAUUCAAGGAAUAGGAAUAAGAGGUCAAGAAGCAGGAAUAGCUCAGGAAAUAGAGGCAAGAGAUCAAGAAGCAAAGAAAGAGUAUCCAGCAAAGACAAGAAAUGAACGAGCCAAGACAAAAGGUUAGGUAUGGAGGAUUUAGACUGUGGAGACAGUAAUGAGAUGUAGGUGUUGUUAUGAAGCACCAAGGGACAUAUCAUAGUUUUUUGUGUUUGACACACUGGGAGCUGGUAUUAUAUGUACUACAAAGAUUUAUGCUGUUUAUGUAUUUAUGUUUUUACUUAAGAAUGUUAGGAUUUUUUAUUGCAUUUUUUUUUUAUUACUUCAGUCAUCAUGAAAUUGAUGAAAUAUGAAAUGUAGAUAAAUGUAAAUAUAAUAUAGAUACUACUAUGAUUAAAAUUAGCAAAUAAUGUCCCCUGCCAAGCUGAGUGAGCUAAGAAAUACUUGAAUAGUCAUUCAUUAUUUUAUGUCAGAAGAGGUCUUUCACUAUUUAUCUGAGGUAACUUUUCAUACUCUUUAGUCUGUGUUAAUUUAACAUUAUAUUAAAUGGGAAGUUAAUGCGUUAAUAUUUCUAUAACUUUAUAUCUUGGUGCCAGACAUCUAAACCAAGGCAAGGACUUUCAUCAUCAGACUUUUUUAUUUUUUAUAUAUAUAGCUAGGGCUCCUUUUUUAUACUCAUUUUACACAUUAUGCCUCAUGAAACCUUAGUUAUGGGGUCUCUUAUGUCCAUUGCUAUUGUCUGGAUUUUAAAUGGACAGGGACCCUGUAUGAAAAGGUGACAAUGAACCUAUCUGUUACUACUUGUCCAAAAGACUUUUCUUGUGAGCCAAACAUAUGUACCACUCCCAUAUGCAUAUUCUUUCUAUUCUAUUCUGUUAUUCAUUCUACCAUAUACAUAUUCUCUUUAUAACAUAUAUGGAUCUUAUUAUAAUGUUAUUUCAUCUUGUUUAUUAAGAUUGUUUUUGGUUAGCAUUUUUCUAUUAAUAGUUAAUCAUAAAGGUAAUUGUGUGGAGCCAAAUGUAUGACAGUGAGGUCGUUUUCAAAGCUUAGGAGUUGUAAUUCGGGUUGAAAAUCAUGUAUAAUUGUGUGGAUGGUUUACUUAAAUGGGCAAUAUAUUCGCCUUUCAGUUUA